CCAUGCGUUAGUCAGCAAAGAGAGUGUCCUCUACAGUAGUUAUUGGGGUUAUACCAUGUGUUAUUUCCUCUUACUGUAAAAGCAUGAAUGUUGGUUGCUUUUGAAGCAGUCAUCCCUGAUUUGGGAAAAAAAACUUCCACCAUUUUGCUGUUAACAUGUGGAAUGUUGAAUGUUACAGUCCCACUUCCUCUUUUCUCAAAUAUGUAUUCCAAACAAGACGUUUGCGUAACUGUGGACUAUUACUCAGCCAACGUGACCGCUCAGCAAAUAACUCAUUUGCCCAUUGAAGUGGCAUGCAUCCACAUGCAACAAGAACAACAACGGUGUACUUCCCAUGACCACACCUCCUGACACAGGUUCUUUGAAAAGGUAGCUGCACAGUCUGCUGCUGUUCAUUCAUCACAACCAAAGGCAACUGUGCACAGAAUGAUGGCACAAAAAGUGAACAUUGUGUCAAGAGCGCAGUGGGGAGCAGCUGUCCCCAAACAGAAGGAGAAACUGAAAAGCACGGCCCAAAGAGUCAUCAUACACCACACUGCCCUCCCAAGCUGCAAAGGCCUGGCAGAGUGUAAGGGCCGCAUUCUCAGCAUUCAGAGAGGGCAUAUGACAGACAGAGGCUUUGAUGACAUUGGAUAUAAUUUUCUCAUCGGAGGAGAUGGUACAGUGUUCGAGGGCCGUGGCUGGGGUGUGGUAGGGGCACACACCAAAGGCAAAAAUCAUGACUCAGUGGGGAUUGCCUUCAUGGGCAAUUUCAACAAUGAAACACCAAGCAAAGAGGCAAUAUUAUCAGUGAAACAGCUGCUGCAGUCUGGACUUUCCCAGGGCUUUUUAUCUAAAGAGUUUCGUGUGUUGGGGCACAGAGAUCUCGGAGAGACAGAAUGUCCAGGAGAAAAGCUUUAUGCUGUGCUACCACAACUGAAGGGUAGCACAUAAAGCCUGCUGCAAAUUGUGAUCGAAAAUUCUUCCCUUUUGGCACAUAGGCCUCAGCCUUUGGUAUAAACAGGGUAACACAGCUUCAGAGAUAAAACACUAACUCUCCAAUCUGUUUCUUUUCUUUUCACAUUUUUUAUUAUGGGUCUUGAAACACAAGUUUCAACACAUAUUCACAGCCCAUCUCUCUUGCAGCAGAGGGAGCCCUCUCAUGGGAUGAGACCAACAGGCGCUAGUUGUCAAUGAGAUCAUGUCAGAGUGGCUCACACUUUCUUUUAGUUGGUCAUCUUAUUUUUUAAGUUAAUUGAGUUUAAGUGCAAUAUUAAUAUGGUGUGCAAUACAUUUUCCUUAGAAAUACUCUGUUUGAUAUUGUUAUGAGUGCACCAUAGUGUAAAAUAAACAUUCACAUGGAUUUAACCUGUUCUAAUGUUAUGCUACGUGUCUUUUGGAAAUAAACACUA